AUGCCCACCGCCUCGACGGCGCAGAUUCUCGGCAACAAUGAGUCCAUUGAGCCGUACACGAAUAACAUCUACUCGCGACGGGUGCUCUCCGGCGAGUUUCAGGUCGUCAACCACCACCUGCUGCUCGACCUGACGGAGCGCGGCAUCUGGAAUGAGGAGCUGAAGAAUGAGAUCAUCGCCGGCCACGGCUCGGUGCAGGGCAUCGCCGAGAUUCCCGAGGACAUCAAGGCCCUCUACAAGACCGUCUGGGAGAUUCCGCAGAAGGCGAUUCUGGAGAUGGCCGCCGACCGCGGGGCCUUCAUCGACCAGUCGCAGUCGCUCAACGUGCACAUUGCCGAGCCGACCAUGGCGAAGAUCACCUCGAUGCACUUCUUUGGCUGGAAACUGGGCCUGAAGACGGGCAUGUACUACCUGCGCACGAAGCCGGCGGCGCAGGCGAUUCAGUUUACGGUGGACAAGACGAAGCUGCGCGCCAAGGUGGGCGCUGCUGGUGGUCAGGAAGUGGUGGCCAUCACUUCGGAGGAUUCAAGCUCGGUCAAGUCGCCGACGAUGCUGAAGAACAAGCAGCCCACGCCGGAGGAGGUGCUCGCCUGUUCGCUGGCCAACAAGGAGGCCUGUCUGAUGUGCAGCGGUUGA